AUGGGAGAAAAAGAUACUAUUACCAGUCAUAUUAAGGAAGUAAUGGAAGACUUUGGGUACAUCAAAAGAGAAUGCCUGCAAUUUAAAGAGUCAAUAGAAUUAAAGAAAUGUUAUAAAAAGUAUAGAUCUGGUCAAAAGGAACCUGAUGACAGUAGUAACACAGAGGCUACAAUAUU